AUGAAAUUGAUCCUCGUCAUCGGAGGCACAGGAGCCCAAGGCUCUCCCGUUGUCCACGCCCUCUCCCAAAGCUCCCGCUACACAGUCCGAGUUCUAACCCGUAAYACAAACUCCGCCCGCGCCCAAGAACUCGCCAAACUCCCCAAUGUAGAACUCCUCCAAGGCAGCCAAGACAACCAAAAAGACCUCCACCGCGCCUUCAAAGGUGUCUACGGCGCCUGGGUAAACACAGACGGCUUCACAAUCGGCGAGAAGAAUGAACUCUUCUACGGCAUUCGAGCGUAUGAAAUUGCACGACACGAAGGCGUACAGCAUUACCUCUACGCUUCCACGGAUUACGCGCUGCAAGAUGCGAAUUGGAAUGAAAAGUAUCAUUGGGGACAUAAUGAUGCCAAAGGUCGAGUUGGGGAUUUCAUCAUGGCGCAGGGACAGAAGGGGAUUACGAGCUCUUUGCUUAUUACGGGGCCUUAUAUGAAUAUGUUAUGGGAUGGGAUGUUUGUACCCAAACAGCUGGAUGAUGGUUCUUUUCUCUGGGCUAAUCCUGCAAAGGACGGCAAAAUCCCCCUAAUAGCCCUCGAAGACAUCGGCCUCUACUCCCUCUGGAUCUUCGACAACCCCACGGAAUCCUCAGGUCUAUCCCUAAAAGUCGCAACCGACGAAGUAACUUUUACAGAAAUCACCCAAACUUUCACCAAAGUCACCGGGAAACCCUCAAAACAUCAAUUCCUAGACUUGGAAACAUUCUUACCAAUGGCGGAACCUUUUCCCAAUGCCCCGUCGAAUUGGGCCGCGGGCCCGAAUGCUCAUACGGAUGAAUCGACUAUGACGUGGAGGGAGAAUUUCGGGGCGUGGUGGUUGUAUUGGGGGGAAGGGCUUUGUGAGAAGAGAGAUUUUGCUUUGUUGGAUAGGAUUCAUCCCGGGAGGAUCAAGUCGUUGGAGGAUUGGAUGCGUAAGGUGAAUUAUGAUGGGAAACCGAAGAGUGUUUUGAAGGGGGCGGAGGAUUUGAAGAGAGCUGCUGCUGAGAUGGCCAAGGGGUCGACGCCUUCAACGGCAUAG